CCCGGCUUGACUGACACUCGCUGCCGAGCGGAGCGAGACAGAAGGUCAGUACAGUAAGCAGAAGCAGACGCAGACAUGGCUUCGCACGUUAGCAUGUGCUGCCGCCUGUUUGGGAGACGAACCCGUUUACCACAUUUUAAAAAACUCUUCGGCGUGAACGGGAACAUUUGGCGGCGGUAUUCCGGUGCUACGCACAAGGAAGAUGAGGCUGAACUCGGAAACCCGACUUCAUCUGCUGCCAACUUUGCGUCAUCACCGAAAACCGGGUCCAGACGGGAGAGGCUGAACGAUGACAACAUUCUACCCUUUUCAGCGUUUUUGACUGACAGCUUUGGGCGGAGGCACAGCUACCUGCGCAUCUCCCUGACGGAGAAAUGCAACCUGCGCUGUCAGUACUGCAUGCCAGAUGAGGGGGUGAAGCUGACGCCCCGGAGUCAACUGCUGACCACCUCGGAAGUGCUGACCCUGGCUCGCCUCUUUGUCCGCGAGGGGGUGGAGAAGAUCCGCCUGACUGGAGGAGAGCCGCUCAUCAAACCUGACAUAGUGGAUAUCCUCAAGGAACUGAGGAAGUUGGAGGGCCUGAAGACCAUUGCAGUGACAACCAACGGCAUGAACUUGGCCAGGCUUCUGCCUAAGCUGAAAGAAGCGGGCCUUGAUCUGAUCAACAUCAGCCUUGAUUCCCUGGUCCCCGCUAAGUUUGAGUUCAUUGUCAGGCGGAAAGGGUUCCACAAGGUGAUGGAGGGCAUAGAUAUGGCCAUCGAAAUGGGCUUCAACCCUGUGAAGGUGAACUGCGUGGUCAUGCGAGGCCUCAACGAGGAUGAGCUGCUGCACUUUGUGGCGCUGACAGAGAAGAAGCCUCUGGAGGUGCGCUUCAUCGAAUACAUGCCCUUCGAUGGCAACAAGUGGAACUUUAAGAAGAUGGUGAGUUACCAGGAGAUGCUGGACCUCAUCAGGCAGAAGUGGCCCGACCUGGAAACACUUCAAAGUGGAUGCCAAACUUCAAAGAUGUUUAAAGUGCCAGGCUUCACAGGGCAGGUGGGCUUCAUCACCUCCAUGUCUGAACAUUUCUGUGGCUCCUGCAACCGCCUGCGUAUCACAGCAGAUGGCAGCCUCAAGGUCUGUUUGUUUGGGAACUCCGAGGUGUCUCUGAGAGAUGUGUUGCGCUCCGGGGCAUCCGACAAAGAGCUUUUGCAAAUCAUCGGCGUCGCUGUGGGCAGCAAGAAGAAACAACAUGCAGGCAUGUUCAAUAUCUCCAAGAUGAAGAACAGGCCUAUGAUCCACAUUGGCAGCACUUGCCAAAGGCCUUUGUCUCCGGCAGAGUUGCGAGACAGCCGCAGAGCUUUCCCCGCGAUUUCCCUUCUUCCAAACAAUACGUUCUUCUCUUCAGCCGCCCCUCCUCAGCCAUGGCGCUCAGGCGGCAGCAGAGCCCCUCACAGAGAGGGUUUCUUGUGCCUUUGGGAUUUCACUGCUUCAACACAGGCUGCCCAUGUUUGCUCCUCUAGUGGGGGUACCCAUGUAUGGUCACAUGUCAUGAAUGAUAACUGUGAGGCCACUGACAGCCUCCGCAGUGUAGCCCCCCUUCACUACCCCAACUUAGUCAGUGGUCUGGAUCUCAUCGGCGCUCGCACUGAGACGGCACGCACAAACUCCUUGAGCUGCAUAAAUGGAGACCGCCUCAGGUACAAACAAGCCAGGGGUCCUUACCCUCCGACUAACCGCUUCCUCAGGACCCCAGGAGCACCUGCUUUCCGCACACAGCUACCGAACGGAGAUGUCAAACGACGCUAUGUUCGACGGUGCCGCAGUCGGAGUUCCGGAGACCCCGCCGGUGAACUCAGACGAUCAGCAAGCAGCCGGACACGGUCGCGGUCAAGCGACUGCAGUGCUCGCCCCGACGACUCUGCAGAAGCUCAACUUACUCACAUGGACGGCGAGGGCCGAGUCACCAUGGUGGAUGUCGGCGGUAAGGCUCCCAUGCGGCGGACGGCCUCGGCUAGCGCGACCGUCCUCCUGGGCACCACCGCCUUCCGGUUGCUCCGGGACCACCAGCUGGCCAAGGGCGACGCCUUGGCCACGGCGCAGCUGUCCGGCAUCAUGGCCGCCAAGCAGACCUCCGCCCUCAUCCCGCUGUGCCACGCGCUCCCAUUGGACCACACCUCAGUCACCUUUGACCUCGUCGAGCCACAGAACGCAGCGGUUGUGACGGCGACGUGCCGCUGCACCGGCCGGACAGGGGUUGAGAUGGAGGCUCUGACAGCCGCCUCCAUCGCCGCGCUGACCAUCUACGACAUGUGCAAGGCAGUGAGCCAUGACAUCAUCAUCACCGACGUGAAACUGGUCAGUAAGACCGGCGGCAAGAGGAACUUUCAUCGUCAUUCCUGAGGCCCCCUGCCCACCUUUUCUAUGUUUUACUUGGGUUUCAACCAUCGCACAAUGCCAUGGGUAGGGUUUGACCUCCUCUGCCUUCUCUACCAGCAUUUACCAUAUUUUCAAUGGUGCUGUUGUACUGCCGGGACUGCAGUAGAUACAUUAUCUGGACUUUGGUUCUGUUCUUCUAUCAAAAAAGUUCAAGAAAGAACCAUCUGUAAACAGUCAGGACAGCUGGCACACUGCUGCUUUGCAGGCCUCUCUUGCUUAGGAGAGAACUUUAGUCCACAAUUUGUAACCUCACAAAGCUUUUCCUUAAUGCAAAGCGUCCUUUCUAUGUUGUCAGUUUAGACGGCAUCUUUUAUUCUGGAUCACUUAUCUCGCCGUCUGUUCAACAAAUCAUGUACCUAGCAUUGAUUGGUCUUCUGAACGAGUUGUUCAUAAGACAAUUACCCUGCAACAUUACCGCUACUCUUUUCCCCUGCCCUGAAGAUGACUGGUUCACUGCCCUCUAGUGGUGACAGUCAUGAACUACAGCACAAGUCAUACAAAGGGAAUAUCCCUAUGAUAUUAGUAACGUAGCGUGUAAAAGAGGAGCCAACAAGCAUUAACCCGACUUGUAACAUACAUGAGGAAAUGUGUUCUAAAUUGUUACAUUGUCAUAUGUAAAGACUUGAUUGAGUUGAUACAGUUUGAUGGACAAGGUUUGACAGCCAAUGGGAAGUGCUGGAAUUGACAUUCAAUUCAUUAUAUUUUGUAUAACCCAAAAUCACAGAUUUGCCUCAGAGGGAUUUACAGUCUGUACACAUCCUCUGUCCUAAAUCCCUCACAUCAGCACAGAGAAAAUGUGAAAAAAACCUUUAUCGCGGAGAAAAAAAGGGAAGAAAUGUUAGGGAGAUUGUCACAGGAAAGACCCCAAAUGCCUUAACCGUUUAAGGCGUAUGCAAUGAUAAUUGCAAGCAGAAACUGCCUCAUUUAAAGGGACCAAAAGAACUAAGACGAGCUGACGGUGAUGUGAAAUCUGCAGAGCCACUAAUGAUGGAUUUCCUGCCUGUUUGCCUCCUCAAGUCUAAAUAUAACCCUGGACUGGAGUUUGUGUUAGUAUUGUUUUCUUUUAAAUGUUGUUCUAUCAUCAUCUGAAACGUCUCAACGAGCCUUCCUGGUGUCCAGCGUUGUUGAUGCUCUGUUGGAGAAGAACUUCCAGCCCACAAGAGAGGCUCAGCUGAAGAAGAAAGUGGCCUUAUGGCCAAAAAUAAACUACAAUGCUACUACGUCUGCAUUCAUUGCAUCUGCAAUAGCUCCUGGGCUCUCGUUUGCUGCUGAUGUGACUCUGCUGGUUACUGUCAUCAGAGAGUACCAAGUUCAUUUGAGUCUCGACAGGCGGUCACUGCUAGCUAAGAAGUGCCUCUUAAAAUAGCUGCUUACUUAGGAACAGCUGCUUCUAUUACAGCAUACUGACUUGUGUCUUCUUCAGAAGUCAUGGAAGAGGCCAAAGUUAUCAACUGCUUGGGAAAAUCUUUUAAUUUAAGAUUAGCAAAGAGACAGAAUAUAAAAAUGGUCUAUUUCAUGACCCUGUGUGGUCAGAAGUAUUUGGACUGAGACACCAUUUUUCUAAAUAAAACUCCAAAUGAUUUAAACGGAA